AUGCCAGCUGAUUAUUUUGCUGUUCUAUUUGUUUGGCUGAUUUCUGCCGCUAUCAACAGCUUUGCCCGUCGGAUUCACGGCAAGAGGAUCCACGCAUCCACGUUGACAGCUAUGACCUAUGCAAAAUCCCUGAUGAUGACCUACGAAAACUUCAUCGAGGUGGCUCAGGAUUGGCCAGCUGUGGUGGUGGCAGUUCAUGAGUACGCUCAGUCUUUCCUGAAAUUGUACGAGAAAAGAUCCUACGUUCUCCAAAGUACCUGGGAGCUGCCGCCGGUGGAUUGGCCUGACUAUGCUGUUGCUGCCACUCAACUGGCAGAGCUGCUGAUUCCAGGCACAAGUCGUUUGCACUCCUUCAGAGUGAUGGACGUCCCCGUGGAGUGCGUGGACUACCGGAAGCUGAUCCUAGAAGACUUUUCAUUGGAGGGCCAGAUCGAUGAGGUUGUGGAUCAAACCAAAGAGUUGCAAGAGGACACUGGCAUCUACGAUGCCUUGGGCUGCCAGGAAGAGGCCCAGCGAGCAACCCUCUCCAUGCUUUGUUUGGUUUGGUUUGUUCGAGAUAGCUACGAGCACAUGAUCGCCAACCAGGAUGACCGUUCACGUCUCUCCAAGUCCACAUGGAAAGCUAUUCGAGACCUCCUCUUCUCUCAUGAAAUCAGCUUGGACGAGUUGAACGGUCUCAUGGUGCUGCUGGCCAUUCGUGGCAUUUGCAAGAGUCCAGAUUUUGCCAAGAUCGCUCCACCCAAAGACCGCACCACACCUGAGCAGGUGCUGUCUUACGCGGUCGAGAACUUGCAAGCAUACCUGCCGUCCUUGGCUUCUCUCAAGAGCGAAAGCUAUGAACACCUUGGCCCCAUUGUUGAUAUUUUGAAGGAGUUCAACUUUGCACAAUUUCUGCAGGGUGAGAAUAACCCGCACUCAGUGUGGCUCCUGAAGAAUGGCUUAACAAGUCAAGGUGGAAAGGUUUUGAAGAUGUGUUUGCUUUCUCAAGUUUGUAUCCUUUGCGGAGUCAUGGGAACCACCACUUUGAGGGGCUCACUCUUUUUGAAUGAAGCCAACGGUCGCUGCUUGGUGAAAGCUCUCAACACCCUGCAGCAUAUUCACGAGUUGGAUCCUCAUGAAGUGUACUGGAAAUACAUCCAGAGUCGAGCGGAGGCUUUGAACUUGCCAGUGCUGACACCUUCGCACAUGGUCCAAGCACGAUUGGCUUGCCUCACCCGAUGCGUUGAGCAGCAGAUGGCAGCAGACUUGCAAGAUGAUUGGCUGCAGUUGACCCAGAAAGAGAGAGAUGUCCUGUUGGACAUCUUCUUGUUGGACGGUCACGAACAGAAGACCUUCGUCUUUCUGUACCUACCAUUGUUUUUGGCCAACGCCAAAGCCAAUCACGAUGUCGAUCUCUUGGGUGGCUUGAAGCUCUUGGUGGAAAUCUACGAUAGGUUGUUACAGCACCGCUGCUUGAGCCUCACUGGUCCAAGUGUUGUGGUGGAUCUAUCAUCCUUGGCAUUGGUGAUGAAAGAUGUCGAGGACAUCCCCACCUUGCGAAAAUGUUUCGACUUUGCCAAGUUGGUGAAGCAUGAGAAUGGUGUGACUGUUCUCCUGACCAGCAACAGCUACCAGGUCCUUUCAGGUCAGUUGGUUCAUCACACUAGAAGCGCCGACAUGUUGGAACAGCUAACUGUACAACAGUCGAAAUUGGAGUUUGCCAUUCGUUCCUUGCCAUUGCCACGUGGACAACGGCCGUCAAUUUCUCAUUUCUCUUCGGAAAGCGAGCUCCAAGAGCCGCUACGUCUUCAAGCGAAGCCUUCCCCUUUGGAACUUUAG